CACUCCUGCCCCUCAGUCGCGACAAACCCUACACUGCUAUUUGUUUCGAAAAUGAAACUGGCAUAUGUUUUACUUCAGGAAAGAGCCAGGAGAAAGCGAAAAUAAAACGGUUGUCGUUAAAUAGUCGGGGAUUCACCGUUUUAAACAUAGAGAAUACAGAAGAGCCAAAGGCUGGGAAUGUUGAAUAAACACCAGAGCUGGAUAGGAUGUACUGCGCUGGAAUGGAGCAUGAAUCCACCUUUAGGUUUGCUACUCUGCCACUGAUCAUGACCUCUGACCUCUCCUCUGAAGGAUUAGGCAAAACUGAAUUUUCCUGCAAGGAUCAACUUUAAUGACUACACUAAUGCCUGUAGCGCUAGGUCUGUCCAACUUCUGAGACUGAAGCUGCUUCCACAAUGGCGCACUUUGACACAGAGUACCAGCGCCUGGAGGCGUCCUACAGCGACUCUCCCCCUGGAGAGGAGAACCUUCUGAUGCAUGUGUCAGAGGGAGCCAAAUCCCAGUGGCACCACAUAGAAAACCUGGAUGUCUUUUUCCAGAGAGUCUAUAAUAUGCACCAGAAGAAUGGAUUCACCUGUAUGUUAUUGGGAGAGAUCUUCGAACUGGUUCAGCUGCUGUUUGUGGUUGGUUUCACAGUGUUCCUAGCUAACUGUGUAGACUAUGACAUCCUCUUUGCCAACAAAUUUGUAAAUCACACAGAUUCAUCUAAAGUCACCUUGCCUGAUGCCUUCAUCCCAGUGGAUGUCUGUAAUACCCGUAUACGAGACAAUGCAUUUGUCGUCUUUUUGCUGAUUAUUUCUGGGGUGUUUUGGCUACAUCGUCUUGUCAAAUUCAUCUACAACGUCUGCUGUUACUGGGAAAUCCGAUCCUUCUAUAUCAACGCCCUCAAGAUGACCAUGUCAGAGCUUCCCUAUGCAUCAUGGCAAGAGGUGCAAGCAAGGAUAGUGGAGAUCCAGAAGGAACACCAGAUCUGCAUCCAUAAAAAAGAACUUACGGAGCUUGACAUCUACCACCGCAUCCUCCGCUUUAAAAACUACAUGGUUGCCAUGGUGAAUAAAUCACUCCUUCCUGUGCGAUUUCAACUUCCUAUACUUGGAGAUUGUGUUUUCUACACUCGGGGUCUCAAGUACAACUUUGAGCUCAUCUUCUUUUGGGGUCCAGGCUCUCUGUUUGAGAAUGAGUGGAGCCUAAAAGCCGAGUAUAAGAGAGGAGGUAACAGGCACGAGCUGGCAGACAGGUUAGCAUCCCGAAUUCUGUGGAUUGGGAUUGCAAAUCUGCUACUGUGUCCUGUCAUUCUGGUGUGGCAGAUUCUCUAUGCUUUCUUCAGCUAUACUGAGGUAAUCAAGCGAGAACCUGGUUCUCUGGGAGCGAGAUGCUGGUCUCUGUAUGGUCGAUGUUACCUGCGCCACUUUAAUGAGCUGGACCAUGAGCUAAUGUCACGCCUCAGCAAAGGCUACAAGGCUGCAUCCAAAUACAUGAACUGCUUCCUUUCGCCACUGCUGACUGUGGUUGCCAAAAAUGUAGCAUUUUUUGCUGGAUCUCUUCUGGCAGUCCUCAUUGCCCUCACCAUCUAUGAUGAGGAUGUUCUUACAGUGGAACAUGUUCUCACAUCAAUCACACUGCUGGGAGUGUGUGUCACAGUCUGCAGGUCCUUUAUUCCUGAUAAGCACAUGGUGUUUUGUCCCGAGCAGCUGUUGCGAGUCAUCCUGGCUCAUAUCCACUACAUGCCUGACCACUGGCAGGGCAAUGCACAUAGAUAUGAGACUCGUGACCAGUUCUCCCAGCUCUUCCAGUACAAAGCAGUGUUUAUUUUAGAGGAGCUGCUAAGUCCAGUAGUGACUCCAAUCAUCCUGAUUUUCUGUCUGAGGAGAAAGUCUCUGGAGAUCAUUGAUUUCUUCAGGAACUUCACUGUGGAGGUGGUUGGGGCGGGAGACACCUGCUCAUUUGCCCAGAUGGACAUCAGGCAACAUGGACACCCUGCGUGGAUGUCAGAAGGGAAGACGGAGGCAUCUAUCUACCAACAGGCAGAGGAUGGAAAGACAGAGUUGUCUCUGAUGCACUUUGCCAUUACCAACCCCCAGUGGCAGCCUUCUCAAGAGACCACACACUUCAUCAGCCAGCUGAAAGAAAGAGUUCAUAGAGAGGCCACUGGGGCUGCUACAGACACACAUCCACACUCAUUGUCAGAGUCUGAACCAAGAAGUCUCAUUGCAAACUUCUUGGUAGGUCCCUCUACACUGGCUUCUGUCCAUUUCGGCAGGGACAUCUCUUUGGUCAAUCAUGCAGCAGCUGGCUUAAGUGAUGGGGCAUCUGCCUUGCGCUCCCUUUCCCCAGUCAGCACCAGCCUGCACCUGAAAGGCAGUUUGAGUGCAGCUCACAGGGCUGCUAGCCACACUCCAGGCAUGAGCAAGGCAAUGGCAGACUCUGGAACUGAUGCCCGAACUGUGAGCUCAGGCAGUAGCGCAUGGGAGGGUCAACUCACCAGUUUGGUCCUGUCCGAAUACGCCUCCACUGAGAUGAGCAUCCAUGCAGUUUACAUACACGAGCUUCACAAACAGCAGUCCCGUGGCGAGCUGCCCCGCCACACAUGGCACAGGCAGGAGAGUGAUGAAAGCAGUGACAGCAUCCCGGAUGAAGUAAGAAGUAGAAAUUUCCCUCGCUCGCAUACUUUCCCCACCACAGCUCCCAGCCCUAGUGCUAUUCCAACUUCAGCCUCAGUCACCAGCAGUACCAUCGCAGGGCAGGAGGGAGCAUCAUCACAGGGCAGCAGCCAGCGGGGCUAUAGUGGACCUAGCACAGGAGGGAAGGUAGUGAGGUCAGCGCAUGUGCCAAUGGGAGGAUGGGCAGAGGAGAGUCAGCCAGCACCACAACAGCACGGGCCACUACCAGAGGAAAGCUCAGAGGAUGAAAUGCCACCUCACAUACACAAGGUUAAAUAACCAAGCCAAGUGAAUAAGUAUCAGCACCCUACCCUGACAGGCAUCAAACAGACAUCAUCACCCUUAACCAAGCCUUUCUCCGGGAUUGACUGUCUGAACUAACACGUGAUCUCAAAUAAAUAAAUACUCAAA